AUCAGCAUUAGAUGCAGUUUUGCGUCAUAACAAAACUUCAAAUACAUAAUGCAUAAUGAUGCCUGGUCAUCCGCCUCAUGGAUUAAAAUUCAAGCAAGUGGCGUUGCAAGGCAUUCAUUUCUCUUAUAGCUUUGCAGUAGGAGGAAACCAACCGAACACCUACCACACUUGGUCAUCAAUCACACUUUAUGGUGUUAGCCUAACAUCGGUGAGUAACAGGAAGGCGCAGGGGUAGAGUAAUUGAACAGAAAGAAAAAGACAUACAGAGAAGGGGGUGUUUGUAUGGGUGUAGGCAAACUCCCUGAAUAACACACAGAGUGUGUGUAGACAUGUGCGGACGUUAUGUAUGAGAGAGACAGAGUGACGGGGGCGACUGACUACAUAUCAGAUCCACAGUUCUGAGUUUCCUUUCACAAAACCACUCCUUCACUCCUCCAACUGAAGAUGGAACAACUGGAUCGCACUGCGCCCCCGUACCCACGACCAAUUAAGAGCGAGCGAGUAAUUAUUCUCUUUGAGGAUCCGGACACGCGCUGACCUGUCAUCUUUUAACGCUUUCAAGAGACACAUUUAGGUCUUUUUCCUCAUCCGUAUUUUAAGUGUAGCGCGUCGUUUCUGUGGAUUAUAUGAAGGUGGCUGGAUCUUGAGGACGGAGUGCGUCAAGUGAGCGCAGGUAUCCAACAAGUGGAUGCAUGAAUUUGCUCACAGCAGACAAACGCUGGCACUAAAACCACACACAGUCACUGGCUUGAUAACCUACAAAUCGGUGUAUCGAUUGAUCGGUUUACAACAGAGACUAAUAACCUGCACUAAUUACCUCAGAUGUGGCGCUUGUCUUGGUUGACGGUGGUGUGUAUACAGUAUGUGCGCAAUGUCACGUCUGAGAUAGUUUUUUUUUUUGUAUCUAGUGACUGUGUAUUAAUCAGGAAAUUGUUUUUAAAGCAAGUGACAAAACUGCAAUGAGGUAAGAUUUUUUUCCUGCUCUCCCGUCAUUGACCAAAAGCAAGAUUUCGGCGGACACGCUGCGGAAUCCGCCGUCUCCCACCUCAACCCUCUCCCCCCAUCCAUGGACUUGCUUCUCCGUUCCCUCGGUGACCGUGGGGGGAAGUUGGGAUCCUCUCUGUAGACGUUUCUGUAUGACGAGGGCGCAGGUGGCAACCAAAGGUCGCAGUCAUGCCGAUGCAUCCAGUCACCUCCACGUUGAUGUACCGGGGGAUCUGCACCAUCCCUGACAUCCUCUCCUACAGCGCCCCGGUGAACCUUCCCGAAGACGAAGUUGAAGAGAUCCGCGAGGCCUUCAAAGUGUUUGACCGCGAUGGGAAUGGGUUCAUCUCAAAGCAGGAGCUGGGAAUGGCCAUGCGCUCCCUUGGCUACAUGCCAAACGAGGUGGAACUGGAGGUCAUCAUCCAGAGACUGGACAUGGAUGGCGAUGGCCAGGUGGACUUUGAGGAGUUUGUCACUCUUCUGGGCCCAAAGCUGACGGCAGCCGGGAUGCCAGAUAAGUUCAACGGCACUGACUUUGACUCCGUUUUUUGGAAGUGUGACAUGCAGAAGUUAACAGUCGAAGAGCUGAAGAGGCUACUGUACGACACCUUCUGUGAUCACCUUUCCAUGAAAGACAUCGAGAACAUCAUCAUGACUGAGGAGAACCACAUAGAGAACCCUGAGGAGUGCCAACUGGAUAUAGACACUUCCAGCCCGACGCAGCAAGUCAAGCAAACCUGCGUGCGCAAGAGCCUGAUAUGCGCCUUUGCUAUUGCUUUCAUCAUCAGCGUCAUGCUCAUCGCAGCCAAUCAAGUGCUGCGGAGCGGCAUGAAAUAGGAGCUGCGGCAUUUGCAGCCUUGAACACCACCUAAAGGCUGUCUUACAGAAACUGUAAAUGACUGAGGCGAUAAAGUUAUAAAAAAAAAACAACAAAUACAACAGACAAUCACACAGCUGUAAAACAGGCCAACAUAUGACUGUAGAAUAACUGGAGUCACCAAGGACACCACAUGUGCAAGAAUUUGUCUUGGUGUCAGAGACAUGCGGACAACUUACAGAGUUUCAAGGAAAACAGGACCUCGCUUACAAAGAGACAGUGUUGUGUUUAAAGUGGACAGUUGUUUAUACAUAUCACUCUUCGUAAUACAACAUUUAGUAUUCAUUAGCUGUGUGCAUUUGAGCAGUGUUUUCAGUAUGGUGGCAGCUAUAGAGAGAAGUGUUGUGUCCAGUUUUGUAUAUGUCCAGUGUACCAUGCUGUUUAUUAUAAACGAGUAGAAAGAAAUCUGUGAAACAUUGUGGGGACAUUGGAGAAAAUGUAUUCCUGAGGCUGGAAAGUGUUGUUAUGUGCAAGGUCUGGAGUGCACAGCGUUGUGGAGAUAUUGUAUGUGGUGCAACAUUGUUCAGAAACCACUUGGGAAUAACAAUAGCUUGGGAAGAAACAGAUGAAAGGGUUUGCAGGGUGGUGCAUGUGAUUGUGUGGAUAGUUUUACUCAUUCACAGGCUGCAGGGCUUCAGUCUGAGAAGGAUGGAGCAGGGUGCAGCUGCUUGGCGGCUCUCGGUAGGAAGGUGCUGAGGUCUGAUUGGACAGGUAACUGACUGGAAAGUGGCUGGACAUGCAGUAAACACUCGACUCGCUCUGUCUCUACAGUGGGGCUUUGAAGGCCUCAGAGGAUGACCAUCAUCUAUGCAUGAAAUGCAUGGAUUUAAACAGUUGUCUUGACACAUUUGUAAAAGUUCUUAUCAAUGUAUUAAUCAUUAUGACUGUGUAACAGAGCUGUUUUCAAUUACUUAAUGACAACUGUGAGCAAUUGUGUAUGGUGGGGGGUAUCAGCAAUUACAGCAAAAGUAAAGCAUACAACUGCAUGAAAAAGAAGGGCUGCUUUAGUACAUGCUCGUAAAAAUUAUUUUCGGGAUUGCUAAGCUAUGGACCUUUUGCCUCACCGGGCGCCUGAUGAUCAUCUCUCACUGCCACUGAAGAGCAAACGACUUCAACAUGUGCCACUCAACUAUUUAAAGAAUAUGCAUCGAAACUGAUCUGGUUGGUAGUGCUGAUACACACGUGCGGGAAUGUAUUUUGUUCUUUCUUUAGUUCUUUUCCGUCAGGAUGCGUUGCUAUGGAGCAAUAAAUGUGUGUAAAAUAGACAUCUCACAAUGCUUUGAACUGACGUGAACCUUCAAAAACGUUUGCACCAAUGGACCUACUAACUGUUGAGGUCAGAAAAUCUUCUAUAGCACUUUUCAAAUUAAGGUUUUGGCAAUACAACAGAGGCAUUGGCUCGGAUGUUCAAACAGGGGACAACCCUCUUAUUCAGAGAGAGACAAAGAUCAGACAGAUGAGUGGAAACCUGGGUGUCAGAAGCUGCCCAGUUGACAGGGGCCAAAUGGUGUAAACUGUUGCAAUAAAACAUUAAUAUCUGUGAAGCACCACAUGAAUUUGAUUGGGUCUACUUUAGAUUGUUGUGCAUGCAUCUGGGUAAUGUCUGUCACUAUCGAUGUGUACUGUACAUAGAAACCAACUUUAACCAAAGCUUUGGAGGGAUCUGUGACAAGACAACUGGGCCAUAUAACGAGAGCAAGCUUAGUAUACAACUGAUAAAAUCAACAUUUGAAUUAUUGAGAAGAAGCCAGAACCAGAAGUCAAAGAUUUAAUCUUACCUGAAACCAGGUUAAAAAAAAAACAACUUUUGCUUUAAAACCAAAUUUGAAUUUUUGACAGGGCCAAGGCAUAUUUGGAAAGUCAAAAGGAAAAAAAGCCCUUCAAAAUGCCCUCUACAACAAGAGUGCAAUAUAGAGAUCUAAAUAAUUAAUAUGUUAUGAAUAUCCCAUUUUAGGAUUGCUAUUGGCAGCUCCCCAAACUUGGAUCUGACACAAGAGCCAGAACCUCAUAGAGGCAACAAAAUUAGACUACACUAUCGCCCAGAGCCAGGCGGAUAACGAUUAUCUGAUGCACCCAGGCAAUUUGUCAAAAGUGUCAACUCUGUGGGGAACACACUCAGAAAAAACAAAAAAACAAACAAAAAAGCCUAUUUAUUAACAAAUACCUUUGUUUCCAGUUUGCACUUUAAGAUUUGCUGCAGUGCACAACAACAACUCACCGCCAUGAUUGUUCAUCCAUUUCCAGAUAUAGUUCGAAUUACUUAACCAUAGAUGUAUCUAUUUUUGUGAUAAGAACGUGAUGGAAUAGAAUAUUAACUGACAAAUGAUACUCAUUCUCAUUAAUUUUAUAUUAUAUCAUUACUGAGGGAACAUUUUCAUGGGGAAUAAAGUUAUAACAACAAUUUGAUUUGUUGCCUUAUUCUUUGAGACACUUUGGCAUUGUGAAUACACAUAAAAACACACCAAUCACAGGUUUAUUAUUUAUCACCAGAGCAAAAUGUACAAACCAAUAUUUUCUUUCUUUUUACAGAUGAAAAUAACUGUAUGAACAUGUUGAUAGUCUACUGAAUGUUCUAUUUCCAUUGUACUGUACUUUGAUACUUGUCUUUGGAUCUUGCAAAAAUGUUUGACCGUGUGAUAUCUGUUCAUUGACUCCACCCGAUGUUCUUCUUCUAUGUCUGUGGAACGGUAUUUCACAUGAAUAAAAUCAUGUAACGACCA